AUGUUCCAAGCUGCAGACGACGCCUACGGUUACACUGUGGCAGGGUUCCACGAGGGAUCAACUUUGCAUAAGUCAUUUGGUGACCGCUGGCGGUAUGUGAACACCAAUGGAGCCUACGUGCCUUUGGGCAUCAGCCGCGUGUACAUCCUCUACGCGCUGGCGAAGCAGGCCCAAAGCCUUGGGGCCUUCAAGCUGGCACGCAUGGCUUACGACAAGCUCCAGGUUCUUCGAGUGCCGCCCACCUGGCAGCACCAGAUCGACCUCGCUUGCCUGGCCAUCCGCAGCAAGGCCUACAGUGACCAGGACGACCUGCUGCCGGUGUGCAACUGGUGCAUGACCACCAAUCCCCUGCUGCGCUCCAACCUAGACGCCUGCAUCAACUGCGGGCAUCCCUUCCUGCGCACCUUCCUGGGCUUCGACAUCCUGCCCUUGGUGGAGUUCCAGCCUGAGGCGGACAUCUCCAUUCAGGAGGCGCAGAAGCUCAUCUCGCAGGAGCCCAACCGGAAGCCACAGCAGGGAGGCGAUGGCUGGCACGAGAGCACCCGCGGGGGUGCAGAGGUGAUGUCGCUGAGCGAGGGCCCUAUGCCUGAUGAUGGUGGCACUGACCUCUUUGUGCAGAAGAUGUUGGACGCAGCUAGCUACUUCGUGCCCGGCGAACCGUACCAACCGGUAAAGAUUGACCGGGAGACGUUGGCUGAGCUCAGGCCCGAGGAGGUUUACACCGCGGAUUUCCGGCGCUUCUCCCCGCUGCUCCCGGUGCGCUUCUUCCGGUCCAUGAUCCCAGAGGUGGCUAUUGCGGUGUGCAGUGCUUGUGGCAACUUCUUCCAUCAGGAGACCUGGGAGCUGGAGUUCCUGCAGAACAGAUGUUGCCCCUAUUGUGGCUCCAAGGAGAUUGAUGGUGGCAAGUCUGAGAAGAAAUCCUCCAGAUCGCGGGUCUGA